AUGGACUCCCUGACCAUCGCUAAAUACAUCUCCAUCCCAGCAACCUUCAUCCUAACCGGCUACGGCAUCUCCGCCUCCCAAUCCACCGUGCCACUCCUCUACAAAGUUCCCACAAACAUCUCCGCCGAAGUCUUCAAGGGCGUCUAUCUCAACGGCAAAUCCUUCGUCGCUCCCGGCGCCAUCAUCUCCGCCAGCGCCCUCGCAUACCUGGCUUACGCCAUCCCGUCUCAGAGACAACUCUACGCUGCAGCAUGUGGAUUGAUUCUCAGCACACAGGUCUGGACUGUAGGCGUGAUGCUGCCUGGCAUCAACCGGAUCAUGGAGAUUUCUAGGAGUGUGGUUGAGCAGCAGAAAGCGGACGCCACGGGGGAGACGGUCAAGUUGAUGAAGGCGUGGGUGUUGCAGAAUUGGGUCAGGGCUGCCUUGUCAGGGGCGAGUGGGUUAACCGCUUUGUCUGCUUGGGUGGGGGGUGCUUGA